UGGGUGGAGCUGCACGGCGACCGCGGGGGCUACGACGACCCGGCGCUGGUGUGCGGCAUCGGGCGCAUUGGACGGCAUGAGCUUCAUGUUCAUGGGGCACCAGAAGGGGCGCAACACCAAGGAGAACAUUUACCGCAACUUCGGCAUGCCCACGCCCAACGGGUACCGCAAGGCGCUGCGCAUGAUGCGCCACGCGGACCACCACGGGCUGCCCAUCAUCACAUUCGUCGACACGCCCGGCGCGUAUGCUGGCGUCACGGCUGAGGAGCUCGGACAGGGCGAAGCCAUUGCGCACAACCUGAGGGAGAUGUUUGGGCUCAAGGUGCCGUCAGUCAGUGUGGUGAUUGGAGAGGGCGGCUCUGGUGGCGCUCUCGCUAUUGGCUGCUGCAACAAGAUGCUCAUGCUCGAAAACGCAGUGUACUUCGUUUGCCAGGCGUGUGCGGCCAUUCUCUGGAAGACUGCCGCUGCCGCUCCCAAGGCCACGGAGGCGCUGCGCAUCACAGCGGAUCAGCUGCAGCAGCUGGGCGUCGUGGACGAGAUUAUCCAGGAACCCCUUGGUGGGGCACACAACGAUCACAUGGCCACGUCGAUGGCCAUCAAGGCCUCCAUCAUGGCGCACAUGAAGGACCUUGUGCAGAAGGACGAGCAGCGAAUCAUCUGUGAGCGCGGUGAACAAGUUCCGGCAGAUGGGUGGCUUCACUGUUGCCGCCCAAGGUGGACCCUGCCAAGCAGCGCGCUCUCAAGAAGCGCGACCCGCCCUGCCGGCCAGAGCAUCCCCGCCUCCCCGUCCCGCUCUGCCUCCCUGCCUGCCACGGGUUCACAGCCCCUUGCUGCGCCUACUUGA